UAACCGUUGAGAAUCAUGUCUGGAAGAGGCAAAGGUGGUAAAGGUCUAGGUAAAGGAGGCGCAAAGCGUCACCGUAAGGUGCUGCGUGAUAACAUCCAGGGAAUCACCAAACCCGCCAUCCGUCGUCUUGCUCGCCGUGGUGGAGUCAAGCGUAUCUCAGGUCUGAUCUACGAGGAGACUCGCGGCGUUCUCAAGGUGUUCCUUGAGAAUGUCAUCCGUGACGCCGUUACAUACACCGAGCACGCCAAGAGGAAGACCGUGACCGCCAUGGAUGUUGUGUACGCGUUGAAACGACAGGGACGCACUCUGUACGGAUUCGGAGGUUAAACGUCUACGAUCGGUCAUUGAACCAAAGGCUCUUUUAAGAGCCACCCACAAUGUCUUAAGUGAGGCUUUUAACUAGCUUUAUUUCGGGUUUCCGAAGUAGAGCUGUUUUUUUUUUAUAAAUUACAACCUUUAUAUAUUUGAGCCUGACUAAAUUUGUAACAUACUAAUAAACGUGAACCGGUUCUGUAUAUCGUGUUUGUUGCCAUGUGUUAGAUUCAGGCGUUUCUAACCUUUGAAUACUUCUUGGCUACCGAUUAACGUUGAAGGCCUACCUGUUUGAUAUCUCUUCUCAUAUAACAUAUACUCAAUUCACUAAGUAUUUGUUAAUCUAUGAUAUUCAACAAUGUGAUAACACUUAUGUUAAUGACUUCUCACAAUAGUAGUGUCAACAAUGAUUUAACAAGAUGGGAAACGCGUAUCUAUAUGCAACACUUUGUCUGAAAUAGUCUUUAGUCUUUUUUUACAUACAGUAUAACUUAAUGUCAUUUUCGGUUUUACACCAAUGCAAGGGUGAUUAAAAAAAGAAUUGCUACAAAAAAUAUUGUGACCUGUUUUAGAACAGGUCCGCGGGCAACUCAUCCUCGCGGGUGUAACGGGUCCCAUACGAGUGGAAUCCGCUUUGCGUUGUGUUGUUGUGUCUCAAUAAAGAACUCCAAACCUCUAA